AUGCCCACCCCCACCCCCUCCUCCAAACACGAAUACGACAUCCUCCUCCUCGGCGGCGGCACCGCCGGCCUCGUCCUCGCCCGCCGCCUCUCCUCCUCCUCUUCCUCCUCCUCUUCUCCCUCCCCUUCUUCAUCCUCUUCCUCCUCCUCAGGCAAUAAUCCCAUUCUUCAGAUCGCGGUGCUCGAAGCGGGCGACGACGCAGAAGACGCAGAUCCCAGGGUCACCACGCCAGGCACGUGGGCGGGCCUGCUGGGCGGGGAGCGGGAUUGGGGUGGUGGGGGUUGGGGGUGUGAAGCAGCCUCCACAACCGCCCCAUCGGCCACAACGCAUCGGCCUCACCUGGGCCACCUCCUCAGCGGCAUCCAGCGCCAUCCAUCAACGCCCAAGCCUUCAUCCCCUUCUCCGCCUUCUCCGCCUCCGCCUGGUCAACCAUCGGGAACUCGGGGUGGAACUGGGACGACGCUGAGUGCGUCCCUUCGACUUAGUUUCACUCUCCAAUUCCCUCUGAACGGCUCCGCAAAUGGCGAGGUCGACGAGGAGACGGUCCGAGAUUUAGGUGUUAAUUGGGCGAGGGCCUUGGUUUCCUCCACCAUUAACAAUGAAGACAAUAACAGCAAUAGCAAUAGCAACACUAAAUCCAGCACCCCCGAUUCCAAAAACGGUCCCCUCCGCCUGUCAUUCCCCUCACCUUCCGCCUCACCCUCCGCCUCCGCCUCCCCCAUCGCAAAAACCUGGAUCCAGACCUUCGAAUUCCCUCGGCCACGGCCUCUCCGCGAGUCCCUUCCUUCUCCGGCAAAUCCGUCGGCGCCUACACGGCGCCAUCGACCAUUGAUCCGGAGACGAGAACGCGGAGUUCGAGCCGUACGGCACGGCGUAUUAUCGCCCCAUCCAAGGAAAGAGGGGCAAUCUGACGGUUUGGACGGGCUGCGUGGUGGAUAA